AGAAACUAAAAGACCAGUUGGUGACUAAUUUAAAAACGAAAGAUGCUACUUCUUUUUAUCACAUUUGGGAUUCGGGAGCCCGAGCUAGUGAUGAGAGCCUUACCCAAAUUUUUGGCAUGCGUGGUAAUACUACCAAUUAUUUAGGAGAAGUUAUCGAGACACCAAUUACCUCUUCAUUAUGA